AUGGAUGCUCUACUUAAUUGCUUCUUGGCCUUUUCGAAACAGAAACAAAAUGAUUGGAAAGAGACUGAAGAACAAGCACAAAAUAUCGAGAAGGAGCCAUCAUGGAACUCGCCCGAAGACAACAUCUGCAUGCUCGAAGCCUUUGAAUGGUACACUCCACACGAUGGACGACACUGGAAACGCCUCCAACAAGCUCUACCAGAACUAAAGGACAUCGGAAUUGAUAAUAUCCUCCUCCCACCGGGGUGUAAAGCCAUGAAUCCAUCUGGAAACGGCUACGAUAUCCACGACCUCUAUGAUCUGGGAGAAUUCGAUCAAAAGGGGACUGUGGCGACGAAAUGGGGCACAAAACAGGAUUUGGUGACCCUGGCGCAGCUGGCGGAGCAGUUGGGGAUAGGGAUUUAUUGGGAUGCGGUGCUGAAUCACAAGGCUGGUGCGGAUAGGAAGGAGAGGUGUUUGGCUGUUACUGUUGAUCCUGAAGAUCGAAAUAUCGACCUCACAAAACCCCAGGAAAUAGAAGCAUGGGUGGGUUUCGACUUCUCCAACCGCGGGGAAACAUACAGCAAAAUGAAAUAUAACUGGCAGCACUUCAACGGUACAGACUACAACGAUAUAGACCACAAAUCAGCGAUUUACAAAAUCUUCGCCCCCGGGAAAGAUUGGGCCAAGGACGUGAGUACCGAAAACGGGAAUUAUGAUUAUCUCAUGUUUGCGAAUCUGGAUCAUUCGCAUCCGGAAGUUCGAGAGGAUAUUUUGAAUUGGACGAAUUGGAUUGGUGCACAAUUACCUUUGCGAGGGAUGAGGUUGGAUGCUGUUAAACAUUAUUCAGCUGAGUUUCAAAAGUUGUUGGUUGAUCACGUCCGGCGUACGAGGAAGGAAUGGUUCUUUGUUAGUGAAUUCUGGUCCGGAGAUGUGCUAGAGAUACAGGAAUAUCUUAAACGGUUUGAUUAUAAAGUGUAUGCUUUUGAUGCGCCGUUGUGUCAGAGGCUAUCUGCUGUUUCACAGACUCGGGGGGCGGAUUUGAGGUUGGUGUUUGAGAAGACUUUGGUCAAGUGUGAGCCGGAGAAUGCUGUGACAUUUGUGAUGAAUCAUGACACACAACCCAAACAAGCAUUGGAAGCUCCUAUACCUCCGUCAUUCAAACCACUUGCCUACGCCCUCAUCCUCCUCCGCAAGGACGGCUAUCCCUGCAUAUUCUACGGCGAUUUAUACGGUAUAUGCAGCAGCGUCCCAGCAAAAAUGGCAAAACAGAAACCCAUGACUCAGUCACGUAUCCCUAAAGAGCUGCAGGGCCUCCCCGCAAUGAUAUUAGCUAGGAAAUUAUAUGCGUACGGCGAACAGCAAGACUACUUCUUGCAACGGAACUGUGUCGGAUUUGUGCGAUACGGAAAUGCUAGACAUCCAGCGGGUUUGGCAUGCGUAAUGAAUAAUGGGUUAACGGCUAUAAACUUACGGAUGCAUGUUGGGAAGAGGCAUGCUGGUGAGAGGUGGAGUGAUGUUCUUCUCGACAAUAAUCAAGCUUUGGGUGUGGAGGAUUUGAAAAAUGGGAAGGAUAAUGAAAAGACAGGAAAGAUAGGUAAGAGGAGAGUAGUUCAGAUAAGUUCAAAGGGGUAUGCGGACUUUCCGGUUGCGAGUAUGAGUGUUGGUGUAUGGGUUAAUGAGGCAGCGGAGGGGAGGGAGAGGUUUGUUGGGAUGAAUUUGUGA